ACCACCACAAUCAGCUCGAGCACGACAAAAAGUGGCGCACCAGCACCAACACAAACUGGAAUUGUAGCAAACUGCCAAGCCUGGUAUGCCGCUAAAGGUGGGGAUGGAUGUGGUGCCAUUGCUACAUCGUACAAUAUCUCUCUGGCACAGUUUUAUGCUUGGAAUCCCGCUGUUGGAAGU